AUGGCUCUAACUCCGUAUAUGAAAGUCUUUCCUAUAACCAGGCGCUUCCUUAAUCCUAGAAAUCCCUUUUCUCAGAUGCUUCACUUCUUAUCUCACACCCUCAAGAUAGAUUUUACACGCCUUUCCUUCAUACUAACACUAUUCGGUCUUAUCUCUGCUGUCUUCACGCCAGCCAGCAGAUCCAUCUUCCAGGCAUACGAAUGGAUCCAGAAGUUUUUCAUGGUCUCCGUAUGCGUGCCAGCACCGGACGAACUCUACGAACAAGUCUUGACUUGGGUGUCUGCCCAUGUACUGAAACAACGGGCCAACAGAUCUCUCUUUGCUCAGACGACAAUCCACCGGGGGAACGAGAUGAGUCCCAAGGAUUAUGCUAAAUUUAGGGGCAGGAGAAAAGUCGAGAUCGAGUACCUGCCUUCCUUCAAAUCAAUCUGGUUCUUAUACGAGCGGCGCCCCUUUAUAAUCAAGCUGUCGCGCAACGCGACAAUCGGGGUUAAGCUUAGAACCGGUCGUCGGAGGGUGAGAGGAAGAGAUGAAAAAGACAACAGCAAGGUUAACUUAACUGUUUCCUCGAUUGGUCGCUCCCAGGAACCAAUCAGGAGGUUCCUCAAGGAAUGCCGCGGCUUUUCGGAGAAUCAACAGCAAUCGACCGUUGCCAUACAUGCAUUUACGAUGUUCAGUUAUAUGGAAUAUGGUUGGGAGGUCAAGGCUCACAGGGCAACACGACAUCUAGAUUCCGUCCACCUAGACGAGGAUGUAAAAUCGGACCUAGUGGCGGAUAUAGAACAAUAUCUUAACCCUAGAACCCGGCAGUAUUACACUUCGCUCAACAUCCCUUACCGUAGAGGGUAUCUCCUCUACGGUCCUCCGGGGACCGGUAAGACAUCGCUAUCCGUAGCAUUGGCAGGGGAAUUUGGCCUCGAUCUAUUCAUACUAGAUUUGUCAGCGGUUCCGAACGACGAAGUUCUAGAUCAAUUGUUCCAGGAAUUACCGUCACCCUGUCUGGUACUUCUAGAGGAUAUUGACGUCGUGGGGCUAAAGGACAGGAAUGACGACGAAGAGGAAAAGAAAGCGAAGAAACGGUUUUAUAUGAAGUGCACUCUUGCCGGACUCCUAAAUGCACUCGACGGUGUUGCCUCGAGCGAGGGGCGUAUCUUGCUAAUGACUACCAACCAGCCGGAACGACUUGACGAGGCCUUGUUAAGACCUGGACGCGUCGACCGGAAGAUCUAUUUCGGUCACGUCAAUCAGCACGGCGCAGAACAGAUGUUCCGCCGCAUGUACGAAGCCGAUCUACUGGAAGACCCUAUCGAAAGAGACAGUAGCAUCGAAACACUUUCCAGCAUCCAAGAUGGCUUAUUUACAAGUGAUAUUGAAGACGAAGACUUGGCGUCACUGGCUGCAAGAUUCUCGAAAGAGAUACCGAGAGAAACAUUCACGCCAGCUCAGCUCCAAGAAUAUCUUCUCCAACACCAGAGAGCCCCCAUGCGAGCCGUAACCCUAGUCGCGGGUUUUGUUGCGGAAGAGAAGCGCAAGAUAGAGGAAAAGGAAGCUAAAUUCAGGGAGGCUAAUGGUAAAGGGGCUAAAAUACGAUGA